AUGACGGGCCACCAGAAGCCGAUCCGUCUCCCUCCUCUACGGGUGCUGCGAGUACGCAACCCGAAUCAGGAAGGCCCGCGUCCCUGCCUAUCUGUCAUGUCUUCUGUGCUGGCCUGUUGGGCGUCAGCAGGUUACAACACCGCAGGAUGCGCCCAAGUCGAGACGGCUCUGAGAAACUGCAUGGACGGCCCGCAGCCUCCCAAGGCCAAGCGCAACGAGAUCAACUACCAUUUGUCCAGAAUGUACAAGCAAGUCGUGGGUCCCAAGUACAAGAAGAAGUAA